AUGUCUAAUUAUAAUAUGCGUCGACCUCGAUCAUAUUAUCAAAAUACACUACCGCAAUCGAAUAUGUACCAAACUCCUGAUUUACAUCAUCAAAAUGACAAUGAGAUAGAUCAAACAUCACCUCUUCCAUUGCUUGUUCCAUCAUUUCAACAACAUUCAUAUCCUAAACCAACAGAAGGAUCAUAUAGACAACCAUCGAUUCCUCAUCAUCAUCAUCUUGAAAAACAUUUACCACAUCGAAUCUGGUCUAAUACAAUCUAUCAAGAAUAUUUUCGUAAAGAUCAUCAUCAACAUUUUAAAUUUCAUAUUGUUUGUUAUAAUAUUCUUGCACAAACCUUAUUAGAAGAUAAUUCAUUUUUAUAUCAACAUUGUUUCAAAAAUAAUCUUAAAUGGUAUCGAAGAAAAGAUCGAUUAUUAAGAGAAUUAUUACGACAAGAUGCUGAUAUUUUAUGUUUACAAGAAAUGCAAAAGGAUCAUUAUGAGAAUGAAUUUCAACCAAUUCUCAAACAACAAGGUUAUGAUUCGAUUUAUGUGAAACGAACCGGUGAUAAAUAUGAUGGUUGUUGUUUAUUCUAUAGAAUAAAUCGUUUAAAACUUAUUCAGAGUAAAACAGUAUCAUUUUAUCAAAAAGAUAUUCGAAUUCUCGACAAAGAUAAUUGUGGUUUAAUUGCCCUUUUUCAACCGCUAUCUCCUAAUGCUACAGCAGACGAUCUAUUUUGUGUAGCAACAACACAUUUACUUUUUUCACCUAAACGUGGUGAUAUUAAAUUAGCACAAACGCAAUAUUUUCUUGCUGAAAUUGAUCGUUUAGCGACAAAUCAUACGGAUAUAAAUUCUUAUUAUCCAAUAAUUUUAUGUGGUGAUUUCAAUGCUCAACCACAAUCUCCAUUAAUUGAAUUUAUAUUGAAUAGAUAUAUUAAAUAUGAUACGUAUCGUUGUAUUGAAAUUUCAGGUCAAACACCAGAUUCAUCGAUGAAGAAUCGUUUUUCCUAUCCAUUACCAUCUCGUGAACUACUUCCAUUAACAUUUGUUACUUCGGAUUGUCGUAUUCCAACAGAAAAUUCGAACGUAUCUUUUCAUACACGUUCAGAACAACAAUCAUCAACUAUUUUAACACAUAAUAAACAAUUUACGUCAGUAUAUGAUGCAAAGGAUUGUUCAGAUGUAACAACAAAUUCUGGAGAUGAAUCAAAAUUAGUUGAUUUUAUAUUUUAUACUCAACCGGACGAUGAUCCCUAUCGAUUGAAUUUAUUGAGUCGUUUUGAUUUAUAUAAACAAAAUCAUAUGAUUGAUAUUCAUAUGCCAAAUCAUCAAUUCGCUUCUGAUCAUUUUCUUUUAGGAGCUAAAUUUGCUUUAAAAUUACGAAAUAAAUAA